AUGGAGUACCAUUCGGCUCAAAACCAUUACGUGGACCGGAUCAGGACCGCAAAACGCGACCACUGGGAGGCCUGGCUGGAGUCGGCUGAUAGCGACUCAGUCUGGACAAUCAACAAGUUCACCCAAGCUGGCCCUACAGAUGGGGGCAGGACCCGGAUCCCACCACUCAUGCCGACAAAUGGUGUCGGAGAGCUGAUAUCAGACAACCAAGGUAAGAGCGAAAUUCUUUACGAUGCUUUCUUUCCCCCUCCAGGCACGACCGCGACUCCACCAGCCGAUGUCACCUACCCACCUCCUGCAUUCCUCUUCACUCCGCCAAUGGAUGCCCAAAUAAAAGCUGUAGUUAAACGGCUCAAAGACUUCAGGGCGCCGGGUCCGGACAAGACCCCAAAUGAGGUAUACAAGCGGUGCAUCGACAUCUUACUCCCUUACUUAGGACCACUAUUCCGAGCGACCUUCUCUUUGAAGAUAUACCCCAGCAGUUGGAAGAUCUCCGACACAGUCAUGCUCCGCAAGCCAGGUCAGCCCGACUACAUGGCAGCAAAAGCGUACAGACCCAUCACUCUCCUAAACUGUGUUGGCAAGAUUCUUUCCGCCUGCGUCACAGAGACACUGGUACAUGAAGCAGAGUUGAAUGACUUACUAGCAAACGGACACAUUGGAGGCAGACCAGGCCGUACCACUACGAAUUCCCUACACCUUCUGGUAAAGACAGUGAAAGAUGUGUGGCGCCGUCAUAAAGUCGCAUCUAUCCUUUUUCUGGACAUUAAAGCAGCUUUUCCGAGUGCUCUCCCAGAAUGUCUUCUCCACAAUAUGCGCAUGCGAGGGGUCCCAGUGGAGAUUGUAGACUGGAUCCAGCGUCGCCUAGAAGGACGCCGCACCCACUUAAUUUUUGAUGACUUCGCCUCAGCUAUCUUCGAGAUUCUCAGCGGCAUAGAUCAAGGCUGCCCCCUCUCCAUCAUCCUGUACCAGUUCUACAAUUCGGACCUACUGGACUCAGCCAAGCUCGCACUCGCACUGGGACACAUCGAUGACAUGGCCCUCAUAGCGACAGGUUCAAAUUUCGAAGAAAUGCAUGACAACCUACGGCAUUGUAUGGAUCGCUCGGAUGGGGCCAUGACAUGGUCAGCAGACCACCAAUCCAAAUUCUUGCUAGACAAAUUCGGCCUGCUGAACCUCUCAGCGAGGCUUCCAUCACUAGGCCCAGCCCUCCAGUUAUGUUCCUGCACAGUACAGCCCACGUCAACAUACAAGUUCCUCGGUGUUCUUCUCGAUCACCACUUUCGCUUCCGUGAACACACAGCAUAUGCGCUCGCUAAAGGCACGACGUGGGUACAGCAGUUCUGCCGCCUCACCAAGGCAAAGUCAGGCAUCCCCUACCCAUACAUGCGACGCCUGUACAUCAGUGUCACUGUACCCCGCAUGCUGUACCCAGCGGAUGUCUUCCUAACACCCAUGCGCACCCUUCCCGGACAGUCGAAGACACACAGAUCUGUAUCAGCGAUCAAGUCUCUCACUCGCGUUCAGUGA